AAGGUUCAGAAGAAAGCAGUGAUGGUCAGUCAGAUUCCCAGAGCUCUGAGAACAGCAGCAGCAGCAGUGAUGGUGGCAGCAACAAGGAGGGAAAAAAGAGCAGGUGGAAAAGGAAAGGUAAAUCCACCUGACCCCUCACUAAAGUACUGAAUGUUAUAAGACAAAUGCCUUUAUUAGUAGUCCCUCUUUUCCCAGACUCCAGGUCAGCCAGUCUCUUUUCUUUUACCUUCUACAGCACAGUCCAACAGAAUUUCCUGCAGUGAUGAAAAUGUUCUAUCUCUAUACCAUCCAACAUACCAAGAUAGCCACUAGCCACACAUGUCUAUUGAGGACUUGAAAUAUGGAUAGUAUGACUGAGGAACUGAAUUUUUAAUUUUAUUUUAACUUAAAUAGCCACGUGUGGCUAGUGACUGCCACAUUGGACACCAUGACUAUAGGUUUUACCUGGGUUUAUUCUUAGCUCUUGGCCAUCCAUGUCCUUUUUUAGGAUACUUUUAUUUUAUUUGCCUUUCUAAUCCUCUCUUCUAAAAUUUGAGCACUUAUUGCUCUAACACAACUCUCUCUUUUCUGAAAAAAGAAUGCUUUUCAUUUCUAGUAGCAAAGACUAAGUUUAGUCUGUUGGUCUUUGCUGUCAUCCCUUCUUGGUAUUUGCCUAAUAGCUCACCCAAAACACUUCCUUUAGGGAGUAAUGUCCUUGUUAUUGCAGCUUCCUUGGGAUGGUCUUUCCAGUUUUAUUGCCUAUUUCUGCUAAUUACUCUGUAGCUUCUUGUUAGAGUUUUCUUGAAGAAGGCAAAUCUUCCUUGUCUUAAAAUGUAUAGAUUUAGCUGUACGUAGCAAGGUAAGUUUUAAGUCAACUUAUGAUGGUUCCUUCACAAGAACUGACGUAGUGAUAACCCAGAGCAAAAUAGACAUCCAAAAUUUCCUCUAGCUUGGAUUUUGUCUUAGUUUUGAGUUAUAGGUGAACUGUUUUUGCACCUAGGAGCUAGGGUAAUGUUUACUGGAAUACUUGACUCAUUAAUUUUAAGUGCCUUUUGAAGUGUUGAUAAUGCUUGUGUCAGAAAAAUAAUUCUGAUUAAUUACCAUCCCUACUUUAACAUAUAUAUAUGCCAUUCCUGGAGAGAAUUGAAAUAAUUUGUGGCAUCAUCUGUGUUCUCUGUCUAGUGUAGCUACUACUCAUGCAGUUUGGACAAACUUUGUAAUCAGGGGAUUUUAACUCUAAGAUCACAACCAGUUAGAGAGCAACCCUGACCUCAGGUGUUAGGAACAAAUGGCGUGAAGGCAAGACAAAGCUGGUGCCUCUGACCAGUAUUGAUGUACGUUUUAGAAGUGAUCUCUGUCAGUAGUGGAAGGAGGAGUGAUCCAGGGUCUUGCAUUCCUCCAGGUUCACUAAGGACCUUUUUUGGAAGAAGGGAGCCAGAAGUGAGAAGGGCUCUGUCUCUCCUCUGCUUCUCCCCAUUUUAAACUUUUCUUUUUAAGUUUGGAACUUGUUGAUCAAAGAUUAGGAACCAAGCCAAAUCAUCAGCCAAGGGAAGCAAUUAGAAAGAAUCAUGCUCUAGAUGGCGUUGCAAACAGGGAAAUCAAUAUUAAAGGAGGUAGGUCUAAUUACCUGGGCACAAAGUCAUGGUCUUGGGAUAUACUAGGGAGUCCUCGCCUCUCAAGAGGUACCAUAUACUGCAGUAGCUGUUUUGAAUAGUGACUGUUACAUCUGUGUUUCUUCUGCUCAGAGCUAACAGUGAUUAAUAGCUGUCUCUAAGAAUUUGAAUAGAUGUAUUAUGAUACAGGAAGAACUAUCAGUAGAACCAUUGUCAGUAGCUUAGUAGGUAGAUUUGAAUAACAUAACCUUGUCUUACACUUGGCAUAAUAAUGGAGGACAUUAACAGCAAGCUAAUAGCAAAUUCAAAAUUGUGGUCCAAGUCAAUUGUUUUUGAACUGACUUUGAUUCAUUCCUCUUCUGGAAAUUGUUACAGUAUUGAAUAUUCAUCCUCAGUUUAUAUUAAGAAAAGACGUUCUGUAAACUUCUUUUCUGGUUAUGGGUAGUCUAUUUUAAUUUUAUCCAGAUAAACUGAGAAUACCAUUCUCGAAUGGGGCAGUUUGGAAGGUGGGGAUGAGAGGUACACUUUGAUGUCUCAUGUAAUUCAUGAUUACUUGAAACCAAAACCAAACCCAUUACGAUCGAGUAAAUUCUGACUUAUAACGACCCUGUGGGACAGAAUAGGGUUUCCAAGGCUGUAAUCUUUAGGGAAGCAGACUGCCACAUCUUUCUCCUGCGAAGUGGCUGGUGGCUUCAAACCACCAACCUUUUGGUUCGUAGCCGAGAGCUAAACCACUGCACCCCCAGGGCUCCUAUGUUUACUUUAGCAGAUCUAAUAUCCUCAAGAAAUGGAUAAAUUCUAAGCUACUGAUUAUGAAUGAUUUAGUCUUUUGUAGAAUGUGCAUCUCUCAUUCAUGUCAUACACAUGGUAUAUGGCAUAGCUAUCAUGUAAAUUUUUAGGUAUAUAUUACAUAUUUAUGAAUUCUCUUUAAACACUGUAAAGUGAAAAUGUGUAUUCAGCACUGAUAGUAGUAGCAUGCAGUGUUUGGCUUGCAGAGCAGUUCUAAAUCAGUUGCAGUUAUCAAUAAAGGUAGAGCAAACUAAUUGUGCCUAUUCCUUUUUCUUAUUUAGGGCUUUUACUCUCAUUCUGACAUCACUUUAUUUCAAAUGCAUUGUAAGACAGGAAGCACAUUGAGAUAGUAUCAAAACCCACUUCCUUUUAUGUACAAAAAUAAAGAGCUCAGACAGCAAAACUGAUACUUCUAGUUAAAAAUCGAUGGAAGCUUUCUUGAUAGCUAUAUGUUUCUGCCAGUUAGGAACAGCGAACUGACUUUGAAAUUCGGUCCAGUAUUAAAACUAGUUUCUUGAUUUCUAUGUAAAGUGAAAGAACUUAGAAGUUUGCAGUUUUGGUUCCUAAAUUUUCAGACAGGAAACAAUGUUCAGAGGGGAGCUGUAUGGAAUUCCAAGCCAAGAGCUUUCUGAUGAAAUAAACUGAAAAGGGAGGCUGUUUGCAGUAGAACUCCAAAAAGAAGAUCCUUCCCAAAAGUGUUUGAUCACAGUUCUUAACACAGUAUCGUCUAGACUGUCACAGCCAUCCUCCCCCCAGUCAGGCUGUCCAUCACCCUCCAUUCCAGCAGGUAAAGUCAUUUCUCCAUCACAGAAGCACAGCAAGAAGGCACUAAAGCAGGCUCUAAAGCAGCAACAGCAGAAGAAGCAGCAGCAGCAAUGCAGGCCAAGCAUGUCCAUCUCCUCCAACCAGCAUCUUUUAAAGACUGUCAAAGCUACCAGUGACUCAGUGCCUACCAAGCCUGCAAUAUGGGAAGGAAAGCAAUCUGAUGGACAGUCAAGCAGCCCCCAGAACUCAAACUCCAGCUUUUGUUCCUCAGUUAAAGUGGAAAACCCUUUGCUCGGCUUGGGGAAGAAGUCAUUCCAGAGGUCUGACAGGCUGCACACAAGGCAAAUGAAAAGGACUAAAUGUGCUGAAAUCGACGUUGAGACACCAGACUCCAUUCUGGUUAACACAAAUCUGCGAGCAUUGAUCAACAAACACACCUUUUCAGUUCUACCUGGAGAUUGCCAGCAGCGACUGCUUCUGCUGCUUCCAGAAGUAGAUAGACAGGUUGGUCCAGAUGGUUUGAUGAAGUUAAAUGGUUCAGCCCUUAACAAUGAAUUCUUCACUUCAGCAGCCCAAGGCUGGAAGGAGAGACUCUCAGAAGGUGAGUUUACACCUGAGAUGCAGGUGAGAAUUCGACAAGAGAUUGAAAAGGAGAAAAAAGUGGAGCUAUGGAAAGAACAAUUCUUUGAAAGCUACUAUGGUCAGAGUUCUGGCCUGAGCCUUGAGGAUUCAAAGAAAUUGAUAGCUUCAACCAGUGAUCCCAAACUAAAGAAAAUCCCAGCUGAGCAACCAAAAGCCAUGCUUCCUUCAGAGGCUUCUCCUAUCAGAAUAGCCCCAGUAGUUCCCCAGUCAGAGUCUAAAGAAGAAGCAGUACAAAUGCCAUCACCAGUGAAAAAAGAAGAGCAUGAGAGCCAAGUUAAGGUGCAGCCAAACUUCUCCAAAUCCACAGAGCUCCUACUUUCCUCAGCUAGCAAUACAAAUGAGCUUAGCAGCACUUUUCCCAUCAGAUGCACAAAGGAUGAGGAUCUCUUGGAACAGAAGCCAGUUGCCUCUGCUGAACAGGAAUCUGAAAAAGAGAAUCAUCUCAGCACAGCUUCUAAUUGUAACAAAAGUGAAAGCCAGGAUGCUUUAGUUACAUCUCCAAGCAAACCCAAGAGUCCUGGGGUAGAAAAACCAGUAAUGAAGCCCAUAGUAGAAGCAGGUUCACAGGAGACCACUGUGAAAGAGCCUCUGUCAACAUUUGUUGAUCAGAGCCCAGAAGGCCUCAAGAGGAAAUCUUCUCUCACCCAAGAAGAGCCCCCUAUGAGCUGGGAGAAGAGGCCACGUGUCGCUGACAAUCACCAGCACCAGCAGCCAUUUCAAGGCCCGCCACAGCCCUUUCUCAAUAGAGGGGACAGGGUCCAGGUGCGAAGAGUACCACCCCUCAAGAUCCCGGUCUCCAGAAUCUCCCUCAUGCCGUUUCCUACAUCGCAGGUCUCUCCCAGGGCUCGUUUUCCAGUCUCCAUCACUAGUCCUAACAGAACAGGAGCCAGAACCCUUGCAGACAUCAAAGCAAAAGCCCAACUGGUCAAAGCACAGAGGGCAGCUGCUGCAGCCGCAGCCGCAGCCACUGCAGCUGCCUCAGUUGGAGGGACCAUUCCAGGACCUGGCCCAGGGGGUGGACAAGGUCCAGGAGAGGGUGGUGAAAGGAAAACUGCUAGGGGAGGGAGUCCAGGCUCAGACAGAGUCAGUGAAACUAGAAAGGGCCCCACACUGGAACUGGCAGGAACUGGAAGCAGGGGAGGUACGAGAGAGCUUUUACCCUGUGGUCCAGAGACUCAGCCCCAAUCUGAGACCAAGAACCCAGGCCAGGCACAGCCUCAUAGUGUCUCUGGAGCACAACUACAGCAAACCCCCUCAGUGCCUCCCACAUCUGCCAUCAGCGGAGCAUGCACAAGUGUCCCAUCACCAGCCCACACUAACCCACCCCCGCCAGCUUUAGAGAAGUUAAAUAAUGAAAAGCUGAACCCCACCAGGACAACAGCCACAGUGGCCUCUCUCAGCCACCCACAGCGGUCUGUUAAUUGCAGGCAGGAGAAAGCACCUUCUGCUCCAGCAGGUCCUGCUCUAAUCUCAGGUGCCUCACCUGUUCAUUUUGCAGUUGAUAGCACAGUUGAGCCCAAAGCAGGUUCUAGUAAGAAUACACCAAACCCUUCAGCCUCAGUGGAGACAAGUGCUAGUGUUCCAGUGGAUAUGACUCCUUCUGCUUUGCCAUCUUUACUGACAACAACCACUGUAGAAAAGCUUCCCGUACCCCAGGUCAGUGUAACUAUAGCGCCUACUGGAUCAGCUCCAUCCUUGAGCACUUUGCCAGCAGUUUCUAGCCUUAAAACCCCAGGAACUUCUUCAAAUAUGAAUGGACCCAUUUCAAGACCAAGCUCUAGUAUUCCUGCUAAUAAUCCUUUGGUCACUCAGCUGCUCCAGGGCAAAGAUGUUCCCAUGGAGCAAAUUCUUCCUAAACCUCUCACCAAAGUUGAAAUGAAAACUGUUCCCCUGACUAAAGAGGAAAAGGGGAUAGGAGCAGCCACAGGUACCAACAUAACAGAAAGCGCAAGAGAGGAGAUUAACGAACCACAGUCCCACUCAGCUAUACAGCGUCUGGGUAAAAUGUUGCAAAGUAAGCAGCUACCCCAGGUUCCGAGGACCCUUCAGCUCUUUUCAGCUAAGGAUCUGAGGGACUGUAGCAUUGACACACACUCAUACCAAGAAGGACUGAGUAAAGCAACCCAAGGUCAGAUCCUUCAGACUCUCAUCAAAAGGGUUCAGAGACAGAAUGUUCUCCCAGUCCUGCAGCCCAACCAGUUCAACUUUGCUCACUCAGGUUUCCAAUUAGAAGACAUCUCCACAAGCCAGAGGUUCAUGCUGGGUUUUGCUGGCAGAAGGACAUCCAAGCCUGCGAUGUCAGGCCACUACUUACUUAACAUUUCCACCUAUGGCAGGGUUUCCGAGAGCUUUAGGAGGACCCAUUCUAUAAACCCUGAAGACCGUUUCUGUCUAAGUAGCCCCACUGAGACCUUGAAAAUGGGAUAUGCAGACUGUAAAAAAGCAACAGGAGAUAGUAGCAGCGGCAAAGAAGAUGAUACAGAGGAGGAGAGUUCUGGUGAUGAGCAGGAAUCUUUCACGGUAAAGAAAGAGCCGCAGGCUUCCCAGAGUUCUGACAAGUGUGAAGCAAAUUCAGGAGUCCACAGUAGGGAAGCCCUGUUCACCAGUGAUUGCUUAGCUAACAAGAAUGUGAAGGCAGAGACACCAGUGAAUGAGCAAACCACUUUAAGCAAGGACAAUUACCUAUUCACUAGAGGCCAAACAUUUGAUGAAAAGACCCUAGCCAGAGAUUUUAUCCAGGCAGCACAGAAGCAAAUGGCUCAUGCAGUGAGAGGUAAGAUGAUGUGUAGCAGCUCUGAGCUUUUCAAUUCUACUGCUCUUCCUGUACCUGCAGACAGCCCCACCCAUAAGCCUCUACUCCUUCCAACCCUGCAAACCCCAAAGCUGUAUGGAAGCCCCACACAGAUAGGGUCAAGCUACAGAGGCAUGAUCAACGUCUCCACCUCAUCUGACAUGGACCAUAGCUCUGCUGUACCGGGUAUGCCAGACUGCAGCCAGGUGUCUAGCAAUGUAGGUGAUGUUAUGUCCUUUUCAGUGACUGUCACUACCAUCCCUGCUAGCCAAGCUAUGAAUCCUAGCAGCCAUGGCCAGACCAUUCCUGUUCAGGCCUUUCCUGAAGAGAACAGCAUAGAGGACACGCCUUCGAAAUGUUACUGCCGAUUGAAAGCCAUGAUCAUGUGCAAAGGGUGUGGCGCUUUCUGCCACGAUGAUUGCAUUGGCCCCUCUAAACUGUGUGUCUCCUGCCUUGUUGUUCGGUAAUGACACUAGAAAGAACACGCUGUGAAGGAAGGGGGAAGGGAAGAGUUGACGACAUGUGUUUUUUGUGUCCUUUUGGAAUCACAGAAAUAAACAAAUAGGUUUCAGUUGUCUUAAGAGACAAAUGUUACUUAAUCAGGAAUACGGAGUACAGAUCUUUUACAUUUUAGAGGAAGAGCACCUUGUAUAGUAAGUCUAAGUCAAGCAAGACUUUGUGAAUUUGUGACAAGUUUGCACUUACAAAAUCAUGUAAAUAUUGUCACAUUUUGUUUUAACAUUGUUUUUCCAAGUGUUUAGGUAAUAAUGUGUUACUUUGAAUUCAGAUUUAUGUUCCACUUGAUGUGACUCUGAGAAAGGUUUAGUUCGAUACAUGGUGAAGGAGAGCUGUCUCCCUUCUGACCUUUCUAAGAGGCUAGGAAAAGGAAGGAGUGAAGGAAUGGCCUAAAGAAAUGAGCAUCCACACUGAUUAGGUAUGUCUUGACAGUCUAGCUGCAGAUUAUACAUAGAUUAUUCAGACUUGGCAAGGUUUGCAUUCAGCGUUUACUCAGUCCCUUUACUUUAGGUGGAACCUUCUUAAGUUCUAAUUUUUUUAUAAGGCAUCAGUUUCACAGGUAGUGUUUCAGACUCCAAAAGCUCUGACUUGGUUCUUGGCUUCCAUAAACCAGUACUGUCGCCAAGCACUCUGCUUGCAAUCUGUGAAUCCCUGCUCUUUCCUAAUCCUGCUCCGUGCCCUAAAACAGUGAGUGUGGUCCUUGCAGGGUGUGCCUCUCUGGCUCAUUGCGCUCCUGUAGCCUGUGCAGGACAACACUUCCAGCAGUACUGCCCAAGCACUUAGUCAUUCAUAAAUACUAGUCUGAAACUUACAGAAAAGUGUUAGUGAUGGGAUGAUUUGAGCUAUGUGCUUUGUUGGGCAAAGGAAUGAAAGUGCAGAGACUGUUAAGGUGAACAUAAAGAACUUUGGAAGCAAUUUCAACACUAGAAGCAAGGUAGCCCCUCUUUCGUCUUCUCUCCCAACCAGUUACCUAAUGUUCUGUAGUCACCGCUGUUGUAGAUAGAAAAGCUCACUAAUGCCACAUUUGCCCAUUCAGUUAAACCUAUUUUGACCUCCCUGGCAUCUGUGGAGGAUGGAGUAAUCUUAUUAUAUAUUGCUUUAACACACACACAGUAAAAGUUAGGAAUUUUUCCUGUUUUAGAGAAUAUGUCCCUUGUUUUGGAUUACUGGUGUCUGUGCACUAGAAAUUUCUAAUCUAAAGGGGCUUCAGUGCAGGACUAAGGGCAUAUCUAGAAAGGAAGAAGUUAGCCCCAAAGUUUUGUUGUUUGUUUUUUCAUCUUUUGCUUCCUUUUUAGUUGUUGUGUUUUUUGUUUUUUAAAUCUUGUCUCUAGUGAUGGAAAAUUUUUUCAGUACAUAAUACUUAGGUAAUGGUUAAACAACAUUAAAAUAAUCUACAGUUUACCAGAAUUCGGUUUUAAAUUGGGGAUCGGCAGUUUACAUCAUUUGCAUAUUGAUUUCAUGUCUCCUAAUUUCAAGUGUGUAAAGUGAAAUUACUAGUGCCCUAGUACAGUUGUAUUUGUACUUAAUAUCCAGGAUGUGAUAUUUAUAAAAUACAGAACAGUUGAAACUUGUAAAUUAAGUAACAUUCCAGAUAGGAGAAAAUAGGUGAUAAUCCUUGCUUUGCUCCCAUUCUGAAGCCUGCAGUGCGUCUGGAGCUUUUGGCCACCACCACUUCCCACUUUGUGUACACUCUUAAUGCUUUCCAGCAGCCCCUACUCCAAAGCUCAUAAGAAACUCUACUUUUCAUUUUUCUUUUCUGGCUUUUUUUUAUGGCUCAAGGCAAAUAUAGGAUUAAUAUCUGUGUUCCAGUUUCAGCCAAGAUAAUAUGAUGUCCUUCCAUUUCUGCUUUUCUUCCAGCACACACAUAGCUAAAGAGAUAUGAAGGCUGCAAGGAUGCAGGGAUAAAGGAGUAAGCCAAGAACCAGUAGGAAACAAACACCAUGGCUCUGCUCCCAGAUUUUGAGUGAACUGGGUAGCCCAAGGGGAGUUUACAAAGACCGAUUGGUGGGUGAAACUCUUCCCCAUGCUCAGCCUCUUGACUCCUCACUUCAGUGGCAGGGCUGAGGGCUGAUGUUUCCGUUGGAGGUGGUUGAGUGUUUCAGAACUGACCUCAGGCUAAAUAGCAAAUUACCAAUUUGGAUUGAUAAAAGUGACUUUUCUGCUUUGCUCCUUUCCUGUCAUAGAAAGGCUUUCUUCCUUGCCUCCCUUAAUCUGAGGAUAGACAGAUUGUACCUAGGAAAGGAGAAAAGGUAUCAGGGAUUUCUGAGACCAUUUUGAGAGCGAACCAUAUUGUGCCUCUUCAUCUUGACCCAGGCUAACAUAGAUAGGUCCUAAGUGUUAUUAUUCACCAGAUUCUCUUUGUAAAUAAUAUUCUGCUAAUAAAAUAUUUUCAUCUGGGAACACCCCAAGACAGAAAUUUCCAUAGGUACACUGCCUCAAUCUUAAGAUUCCCGUAGAGUGUUGUAAAUUGGAUUACAGUGGUUUCAAGUGAAAAGUCAUUCAUCUUAUGAGUUAAACAGAAAAAUCAUAGCCUGGCACUUUUGAAAAAUGAAGAAAUGAGAAACAACAAAAAAACCUUUAAGUAACUUACUAGAGUAUGGUAGUCUCAUACCUUUGAAGCAGUAUUUAUCUUAGGUUUUCAGAGUUCAAGCUGAAAUGUUUUCUGGUAAGUGCUAAGCUUAUUCUUAAGGUAUUGAGUUAAGCUGCACUACUUCUAGUGACUAGUCGGGCAAUAUUAUGGAAAUGCCUCCAGUGUACCCUCCUCUAGCUUUCAGAGACCCUCCAUUGCAGGUCACCUGGGGGAGAUAGCAUUAACAAUAUAUCAUCUCAGUCUUAUUUAUGAAUGUUCUAAGUUGUCUAGUAGAGAAGGCUCCCUGAAUCUUAACAAAUUUUGUUUAAUUAAAAUUCUCCAUCCUAUUUAAUGAGAAAAUAAAGCCAAAUAAACAGAUAACCAGGAGUUGUUUGCCCUUCACUCUUAUGCUCAAGUUACUGAAGCUGUCUGUGGUUGUCCCAUGUGACAUUUUUAAGUAUAAGUAUAAGAGCUGGCCAGUGGGAAAUUUUCCUUGAGGGGUGGUGGGGAGCAUACUUACAUGGGUUGGGAUGGCACACAGAUGUAGAUGUUUCAAGAUUUAAACACCAGAUUUAAAUAAAUAGCCAAAGGAAGAUCUCAUUGCCUUCCUGGUGAAGGUGUAAAUUCAUACGUAUUAACGACCUAACAGUAACCAUCUCAAUUGCUUUUUAUUGUCUUUUUCCAUCUUAGAGACCCUUAAACAACUCUUGGUGAAAUUAUUUGUUAUAAUGAAGAGGGUUUUCUCUGAUCAUUACAUAUUUAUUUCUAAUACCCACUGUCAGUGAGCAGUGCCAGGGUUGUUUUCUCUGUGACCUAGAGGUUUCACAUUGCAGCAAGGAGGGAAGAGUCUCCCCACUGCGGAACUACAGAGUACUAAGGAAGACACUUGGUCCGAGGGUAUUUUUCAGCUCAACUUAUACAAUAGUCCAAAGAGACUGUGGGAAACGUGAUGAUAGGCAAGGGUCUUUCCUACCAUGUUUCAAUACUUACAUGCCUGUUGAUAGAGAACAGUAGGUAAAAUAUUUCCUAAAGUUGAAGUAAUAGCUUCAGAGAUUCUUGGUUACUUUAUUUUUUUUAAUGCUUUACAUUUGAUACAACUAUUAAAGAUCAAUUUUAAAAAUAGCUUUCCAGUAAUAUAUUUUGAGUAAUAUAUAUUUUAAUAUCUAUGUAAAAAACGACAGCGGAAGACUUUGAAUUUCUCUUGUAUGGUAUGUUAACUGUAGAACCUCACUGUUACGGCACAAAUUAUUUCAAAGAAGUUACUCUAAAGUCACUCAGAUUAUUUCCACAAAAUGCAAUAAGAGGGAUAGUUGUGGGGUUUAUUUUUUAUUUUAAAAGAAAAUUGACGUAUUUACCACAAGCUAUUUUUUCCCUUCUGGCUACAAGGUUUGUACAGACUGGUAAAUGCUGAGAUUUUAUGUCUUUUGCCUUUUUAAAGGAAUUGUUAACAUUGGAACUGAGGGUAUGUACAGAGAAGUUGGUGUCAGCACCAUUUAAGAAGUCAUAUUUUUUCACAAAUAAUAUAGAAAAAAUCAUUUUACAUAAGAAUUUUAAGUAUUUGCAAUAAAUAUAUGUAUAUAGAUUGUAUGUAUUCAUAUAUUCUUAUUUUUCAUUUUAUUAUUAAGUAAAAGAUAAUUAAAAGUGACAAUAAAAACCUUGGAGUUUUUGGUGACUUUUGAGAUCUAACAUAUAUCUGAGAGUGGUAUGGGUAAGGGCCCUCAGUUGUUGCCUUAUACUACUUUUUGAAGAUUACCACAGAUUGUAUGAAAAAAAGUAAAAUGAGGCAUUUGGUGAUAAACAAAUCAGGGUAGUGUAUUUCUUUCAGAGCCCUAGUAAAAAUAUUAUUAAGUCCCUUAGUCUGUUUGUCUCAUUGUUUUCCCCCUUCAUUUAUUCUGUCUCCUAACUGUUUAAUCCUCGGGUUCUUGGAAAAGUGAAGAAACCAGGUGCAGCUUCUUUUAAUGUGGCUGUUGUUUGCUUCUAAAACAAAGAAUGCUAAAGAAAUGCAGGGGUGGAGGGGUAGGUUUUCCUUUCUCCACAGUGGUCGGUAAUUCAUCAGCAAACAUUCACUGCUACCACCUUCCAGGCCCCUAGGAGUGUGUAAAAAAAAAUAACCACAGCAGAUAUCAGAAGACUUUUUUUCUGUUUGCAAUUCUUCUCUGAGAAGUGGGUUUCAUGGCCAGUUUCAUGUUCUUUCUGACUGGUCUGGAGAGGUAAAAGAGCCAGGAGAACCAAGUACAAGAAAUAUCUGCAUCUUAAUUAGGUUCUAUUUCAGCAUUACACUUAAGUUUGAACUUCUGGUGUCAUUUAUGGAAAUGGGGACUGAGUCAAAUACUAGGAAAGGACGGUAGUCUCAUAGUCCAUAACUAGAGAUAACCUGGGAUCCUACUAUCCAAGAGAACUCAUUUUGUGGUUGUAAACACUUGAUUUUGGGGUAUGAUUGCGGGAGAGGAGAUGGUACCUAGAUGGUCUUUGGAAAUUAAAGUAUAUAGUCCUUUUUGUUUUUAUUGUGCGUUAAGUGUAAAUUUACAGUUCAGGUUAGAUUCUCAUACAAAAAUUUAUACACACAUUGUUAUACGACCCUGGUUGCUCUCCCUGUAAUGUGACAGCACACUCCUCCUUUC